UCUCUCUCACUCAGGCAUACAUACACUUUCAUGCAGAGACGGGAGGACUAUUAUUUUUUUCGUCCAGGUCGUUUUAAUCCGUUCUAGAGAAGCGUUUAUCAUGCUAGUGUCUCUUAGUUUACUGUUAUUUCCAGCAGCCUAACAAAAGUUGAAGCGUGUCAUUUUUAUUAAGGCGUCACUUGACUGCGUAUUUUUUUUCCCCCCAAUACGUGCUCUCGGGAGGAUAUAUAGUCGCGUUCGCUUUUAAAAACUGAAGGAAGCUCUUCGUACGGAAGACUGGAUUUGUGUUUCGAGGCUUUAGUCGCCUGAGGCUCUUUCGCACCUGCCAGCAAAAUGUCUGCCCCAGAUGCCAAUGCAAGCCCUGGAGCCCCAGGAGCCCCAGAGGGUGAGGGAGGCCCACCCGCCCCACCUCCCAACCUCACCAGCAACCGUCGUCUCCAACAGACACAGGCCCAAGUGGAUGAGGUGGUUGAUAUCAUGCGCGUGAACGUGGACAAGGUUCUGGAAAGAGAUCAGAAGCUGUCAGAACUGGACGACCGGGCAGACGCGCUGCAGGCCGGAGCAUCGCAGUUUGAGAGCAGCGCUGCUAAACUGAAAAACAAGUACUGGUGGAAGAACGUUAAGAUGAUGAUCAUGAUGGGAAUUAUUGGGGUCAUCUUGAUGGGCAUCGUUUUCAUGUACUUCUAUUACUGAGCCUCUCGUGGGAUGCACAAGGACAGGAGACUCUGGCUUUGUGUGAACUCCACCCCUCCUUCUCUCCCCACCAAUGCCUUUCAUUGAAUCCACAGUGUGUGUGUGCGUGUGUGCAGUCAUUGACGCAGUGCCUCUCCCUCCCUUUGUCUGUCACUGCAUUUCUUUGUACCUCUCUUGAGUGCUUUGCAACAGUGCCCGAGCUUACUCAAAAACUCCUUCGGUUAGGAAUAUCUACUUAUGGUAUUAGAUUGGAGAACGUGUUGGCCCUUUUCAGGCCAAAAAAUAAUAAUUCAAAAAAAAAAAAAAAAAAGGGUGAUGCAAUAAUGUAGAUUUGUAGCGCUGGUCCAAAUGAACCCAUGAAAAACUAAAGAGGGAAAAUGAAACGCAAAGUUCCAUUAAGUUUAGGAUCAAGUCAUGCAUUUAUGCAUAGAAGCCAAAGUGUACUAGUUUACCCAGAAACAACAGCCGUGGUCCUAUCAUUAAAGUAUUAACAAAGUGCAACUGCAAUGAGAAAUUACAGGAAUAUUUUUUAUAAUUGUUUCGAACCCUCCAUAUAUAGACUCCUAGAAGCAGCAUUUUUUCACUUCUUAAUAUGGACCUUUAAAGACCUGAAUGAUUUUAGAGCGGUGAAGACUACUAUGCGAAUUAAAUGUCUAUUGAUUUAGGAUGUUAAUUCCUUCUGUGUCAUAAUGUAAAAAAUGGACUCCGCAAUUGUUGUCUUUCAAGUUUUAAAAUGUCUAAAACGCAUAAGAGGAAGAUGUUUUGAGUCGUCUUAAGGGGAAUAUCUGAUCACGAAUCGUUACUUUUGCUGUUUGAUGUUAUGUCUUUGACACUAAUGUCAGUCAAAAGAUCGACUGAGUCUGGAUAAAAAAAAAACAUUAAUGGUAAGACGUGGUGUAAAAUGAAGAUAUAACAUUACAGCAGUGACCACAGUAUACAAUAUUUUAAAGUAGAUUUUUUUAUAUUUCUAUAUUGAAGAUCAUCGUGACAAGUGUGGUCACAAAUGCAAUUUAUUUUGAUUUACUUAUUGCUAAAUUAAAUGUGACCAUUAAAAAAUUGCUUUAAUCAACGUUGAAAUUUAGAUCCUUAUCACUUUAACCCCUUUGCACCUCUUGACUUUACUGGCAACGCGAUGUCUUUGGGUUGAAUGAACUACUGCUGAUAUGCAAACUGAAAGAGGAAUGAUGCAAUGUUUAAUGUAUUUGUAAAUAUUCGGGAUUCAGUGUGGGAGCAGAUAAUCAGCACUGGAGACGACAAUGUUCAGGGAUGUACCUCUGCAUGUGUUUGUGUAAAACAUACAUGGGCACUUUAACCACCUUCAUUAUAGUGACUAGGUUUAACUGGAUAUUUUUGGGGUAUUAAGGACAUAUUGUCCAGCACCUAAAAUGACGAAAACUCGCUCUUGCUGAUGUGGAAUUUAACGCAAGAUCAUCAUGUGUGAAUAAUAUACCCUACAUUAAGCAUUAACCCAAACUGCAAACCUAAUGCAGGGCAGUGAAUGUUAUUCCCUUAAAAAAAAAACUAAAAUCCUUACUACAUUGUGUGUUUUAUGCAACCUAUUCAUUUGUAAAUAUGCGCUGCAGAGAUGCAUAAAAUAACAGUUCCUGUCCCUGAGCAUUUGGAGCCAAGCUGCUAACUCGUGGUUCAUUUUAAAGCAUGUCUGCUUGCCCACCAUGUGCUGAUUCUAAUAAAGUGCUGAUGCCGUUA